GCGUGCGGAUGGAAGGAUGUAGGAGCUGCAGGCUGCCGGCACAGGCGACGCGUCUCGGCGCGCACCGCUAUGCCGCCACCGAGGAACACAGGUAGGGAAAAUCACGAGGGCUGACGCACACGCGCACACUCCGCAUUCAUCUUCAUCCCGCAUUCAAUCCAUCCUCCACUCUUCUGCCAAAACCAUGGCCUUCAACUGGAGACUGGUCUGGGUGACAGCCACCUCGUCUCUCAUAGGCUUCAUCAGCUACUCGUCCCAGAUAUGGGUCUUCUGGCCAUGGUACGGCCGCGAGUGGAGCUGGGAGUUCCUCAAGGUCAUGAUCGCGUUCAACCUCUGCGUCGCCAUGGUGUGGUGGAACUACCGUCUUUGUGUCGUAACGGAACCUGGCCACGUUCCGCACGGAUGGCGACCCGAUGCGAACGGCGAAGGCAUCGAGGUCAAGCGCGGCAACUACGCCCCACGGUACUGCAAGAUGUGUGACCACUUCAAGCCGCCACGAGCGCACCACUGCCGCCAGUGCAAGGCGUGUGUUCUUAAGCUUGACCACCACUGCCCAUGGAUCGCGAACUGCGUUGGUUUCCACAACCACGGCCACUUCAUUCGCUUCCUCCUUUGGGUUGACAUUGCCACGUCGUUUCACCUCAUCCUCAUGGCAGGCAAGGUGUACGAGUUCAUGCGCGAGCCAUGGAAGGAGCCCACUCUCACAGAACUGCUGAUGAUGGUGUUCAACUUUGCUGCAUGCGUUCCUGUGUGGCUCUGCGUCGGCAUGUUCUCCAUCUAUCACCUGUGGCUGGUGUCCAGCAACACCACAACGAUCGAGCGCUGGGAGAAGGACAAGGUGUCUACCCUCGUGCGCCGAGGAAAGAUCACUGCGAUUCGCUACCCGUACAACAUCGGCUUCAUGGGCAACAUGCGCUCGGUCCUCGGUCCGCGCUGGUACAUGUGGCUCUGGCCUCAGAAGAUGCAGGGGAGCGGGCUGAGCUAUGCCGUCAAUCCAGAGGCCGGCGGUGAGUCCAUCGCGGAGUGGGCAGGUGUAGUCGCGCAAGAUCGCGCCUACGAACGCCGGUACCCUCUCUCCGGUGGUCCAGGCGGUCCUGGUCUAGGAGGACCUUCGGGGACGCGCGAGGCGUCGUCUGUUCAGGCCCUGCAGGCGCGGCUCCGCGGCCACCUGUCUGCCGCUCCAGGCGGGGAAGCGGGCGACAUAGUAUAAAAUCGAGCGUGCAGUACGCGUGGCCGCCGCGCGAGCAACACUCUGAGCCUAUCCCGUUGCCCGUUGGCUCGGCGUUUGUGUACGGUGAUGGUUUUAACCCGGCGUUGCGUGCGAGCAACGCGGCGCGGCGUGCUCGUGAAGGGUGCGCGCCUUACACGUCACCUUGGGAGACGGCUCUGGACGAGGAAGGCAACGCGAUCGAGGAAAGCGACGGCACCUCCUCUUCGCCCGAAUACUACCUCAGCGAUUAUGAUGAUGAGGACG